AUGGUGUUUUAUCCACCCAGCUGGGUGCCAGAUUUACCUCAUAUUCCCGACUCCAUCUCACUUGAAGACUUUCUGAGCCAUGAAAAACAUGGCCGCUAUGCUAUCAAUGCAUCCAGGAACCCCUUCACAUGCGGCUUGACGGGCAGAACGUACUCAGCCCAAGAGGCCAGCCAACGGACAGAGUAUCUGGCGCGCGCGAUCAGGACUCGCUUCUCAUUCAAUCCAGAUGAGGGUACCGAGUGGGACCGAGUCCUUGCCAUCUUCUCCCUGAACACGAUUGACUACAUCCCAUUCGCUUUAGCAGUUCAUCGAUGCAAUGGCAUAGUCACGCCAGCCAGUGCUGCCUACUCGGCGCCCGAGCUGGAGCAUCAGCUGCGCUCAUCAGGCGCUAAGGGUAUCUUCACCUGUGUUCCUCUUCUCGAGACGGCCCUCAAGGCUGCCAAAGCUGCCGGCAUCGGCGAAGACGCCGUAUUCCUGUUGCCGGUUCCUGGCUUCAGUUCCGAGAAGCUUCCUUUUAAAACCGUCGACGACCUGAUCAUCGAAGGGGAGCGUCUUCCGGCGGUUGAGCCGCUCCGAUGGGUCAAGGGGCAAGGGGCGAGGCAAACGGCCUUCCUGAGUUACUCUAGCGGAACUUCAGGACUACCUAAAGCCGUCAAAGUGUCACACCGCAAUGUCAUAGCCAACGUAAUCCAAAUGGAAUUGUUCGAGAGAGUCGCUAGAGACAAGCUGGGCGUCAAGACGCAAGUCGUCCUUGGCGUCCUCCCUCUCAGCCACAUCUACGGCCUGGUCCUCGUCGGCCUGGUCUCCUGCUACAGAGGCGACGAGGUGGUCGUCCUCCCGCGGUUCGACCUGGAUGCUUUCCUCGCGGCCGUCCAGAGAUUCAGGAUCGAGCAGCUCGAUGUGGUGCCGCCGAUUCUCAUCCAGAUAAUCACCAACCAGGCCAAGUGCGACAAGUUCGACCUGGGCAGCGUGAGGAUGGUCUUUAGCGGCGCGGCUCCCCUGGGGAGCGAGCUGACGUAUGACAUUCUGCGCAAGUACCCCAAGUGGCACGUCGUGCAGGGCUACGGCAUGACGGAGUCGUCGCCGCUCAUCACCAGCACCAGCGAGCUAGAUGUAUUGGUGGGCUCGUCGGGCUCGCUCAUCCCGGGCUUCAAGGCCAAGGUUAUAGACGCAGACGGUAAUGAAGUGCUCGGAUACGAUAAGCGCGGCGAGCUUCUUGUCCAAUCUCCUGCCGUCGUGAUCGGCUACCUCAACAAUGAAAAGGCCAAUGCCGAGACUUUCGUAUGGCACGAGGAUGGAAGAUGGCUCAAGACGGGUGAUGAGGUUCUGGUCCGUCGGUCGGAGCAAGGGCAUGACCAUUUCUUCAUUGUCGACCGCAUCAAGGAACUUAUCAAAGUCAACGGUCAUCAAGUGGCACCAGCAGAGCUGGAAGCUCAUCUUCUAAUCCACCCUUUCGUGGCCGACUGUGCUGUUAUUCAGGUUCAGGAUCCCCGUGCAGGCGAAGUCCCCAAGGCUUUUGUUGUCAGAUCCGAAGAAGGGAAGGGCGAAUCUGAUGAGAAAGCCAUUGCAAGCAUCAGCAAGCACGUGGAAGACCACAAAGCCAGGCAUAAGUGGCUCAGAGGAGGCGUGGAAUUCAUCGAGACAAUUCCAAAGAGUGCCAGCGGGAAGAUAUUGAGAAGGAUGCUCCGCGACCUCGAGAAGGAUACACAAAGAUCCAAGGGGCCAAAACUGUAA